GGGACUACCAUGCACAGUGAAGAACCGCGAUGUUGUUUGGGUGGUGGUUGAUAGGCUCACAAAGAGUGCACACUUUAUACCUAUCAACACAGCAUAUUCACAUGAGAGAUCCACGAUUCGCAUCACGGUUCUGACCGAAGUUCCAGAGUCUAUGGGAACCAAGUUGAAGCUUAACAUUGCUUUCCAUUCACAUACUAGUGGGUAGUUUGAACAUGUUGGGGGAUUGUGCACUGGAAUUCCAAGGCAGUUGGAACCGGUACUUAGGACUUGUGAAGUUUGCCUAUGAUAUCAGUUACGAAACAAGUAUUCACAUGCCUCCAUAUGAGUUAAAUAAAUUUUGUGAAGACAAUGACAUUCGUUGUCCCAUGACUGUCUCGCGCACACCACAACAAAAUGGUUUAGUCAAAAGAAAUGAGAUUGUCCUCAAUAGCUUGAGACAUGCUGCAGACGAAGAUUAUGCCAAAAGAAUUUUGAGCAAAAGUUGUGGAUUGUGCCAUCUACCUUCAAAAUUGCCCCACGAAGAAUCUGAAUGGGGGGAUUACUCCACAAGAAGUUUGACAUGGAGGUAAACCUGGAGUCUCACACUUGAGAGUAUUUGGAUGUAUUGCAUAUGCUCAUGUACCCGAUCAAAAUUUGACAAUAAGGGCGAGGCAUUUAUGUUCAUUGGAUGUGAUAAUCAUUCAAAAGGCUACAUGUGACACCGCACGCGGAUGUACUUGAAUUUGAAACUCAGUAUGUAUUGAAUUUUCUUAGUGAACAUUGAUAUGCACUAAUUAGUAGUGCAUAAGUGUAUGUUUUUAUGUUUGAUUUGCGUGGAUUGUUUACCAUUUUAUUUAGUUUGUAAAAAUUUGUGUGAUUUUAGUUGUAAUUGUAUUUUAAUCUUCAUUUA